AUGCCCAAAAAUGCGAAACUAGCCUACGAGGCAAAGGAGCCAGCCUUUUUGCAGAAGCUUCGGGGUCACUACGGCGACAAUUCGGGUCGACUCGAGCGGCCUGCCGCCCGGCCUCGGAAACUCAAGGACAAAAAUGAGGACGACGACGACGCUCCCGUCUACGUCGAUGAGACUAGCAAUGAGGUGAUCUCUAAAACAGAAUAUGAAGCUCUCGUGCGUGGGGUCUCAAACGAAAAGCCCGACGACUCCUGCGGUACCAGCGAGGCCGGCGAACAAGACGAGAGAGACGUACAGUCACAGGCUGAGAAUCAACUGUCGAGGCAACAGAAAAAUCUGCUGGAAAUUGGAGGUCCCAAGAAGCGCAAACAAGCUAAGCUUGUGGGCGACGAUGAACAAAGCGAGUCAGCUGCCCAACAAGCGAAGCUCCAAGCUUUGCCAUCCAAGCCGCAAGGACACAAAAAGGCCAAAAAUAUCAAAAAGAUCAAACUGUCCUUCGCUGAUGCAGAAUGA